CCUUUGCAUAAAGGCGUAGGGAUUGACAAGCAGAGAAAAAUUGCAGACGGACACCUGCGGUGGUCUGUUAAAUCAUGUUAAUAAUGGACAGUGAGGAAAGCGCCUUAGACGAUGACUUUCUUCUGUAUUCAGUGCUUUACUCUUCGAUCACAGUAGUCUUUGCUAUGGCUGUCUUGUCGAAGUUUUUGACAAAUGAGUUCAGAUUUGGAAUCCGUUCUGUUCUGACUUUGGCUAUUUUAUUUAUUGGAGAGCCAUUAUGCCAAUUUCUAAUGAAAGGGCCUCAAGGUGUCAUGGCUUUUGGACUGGGCUGUUUACUUGUGUAUUCUUUAUUGCCGUCCGGUCACUUACCUGCAACAAAGAAGGCAGUGCUUAUUACAGGUUGUGACUCUGGCUUUGGUCAUGCUUUAGCCAAAAAACUAGAUAGUAUAGGGAUGAAUGUGUUUGCUGCAUGCCUGGACAGUAAAGGCCCUGGUGCUCUUCACCUCAAAAACACCACUUCUACAAGGCUCAAAAUAGUGCAGUUAGAUGUGACAAAAGAAGAGGAGAUUCACAGUUGUUUGCAGUAUGUGGAGGGUAAUCUCAACAGAGCAGGAGACCCACCAGGCCUGUGGGGUCUAGUGAACAAUGCAGGGACUGCGUCACUGGGAGAGAUUGACAUGACUGACAUACGCCAGUUCCAGAAAUUGAUGGAGGUGAAUUUCUUUGGAACUGUGCGCAUGACCAAAGCUUUUCUUCCACUUCUACGCCAGGCUGGGGGACGGGUAGUUAAUGUGAGCAGUAUGGCAGAUCAGCUGCCUACUCCAUUUUUUGGUGCUUACUCGGCUUCAAAGCAUGCAAUUAAGGGCUUCACUGAAACCCUUCGUCAUGAGAUGAAGAAAUGGAAUAUUCAAGUUUCUUUAAUAGAGCCUUCAGGUUUUUGCACAGGAGCAACUACUGAGGACUCCAUUAACACAGUUCAGAGACAAACCUGGGAGCAAAUGGACAGACACACUAGAGAAAGAUAUGGAGAAGAAUAUUACAACCAACUGUUUGCCAAUUACCGUCACUUCAUAUUGAAUUUUAGUAAGGAUCUGUCUCCUGUUGUCCGUGCUAUGAGAAGUGGUCUGUUAUCCAAGAGACCUCGAGAGAGAUACCCGUGCGGCAGGGGAGCAGAGACAAUUUUGACUCUAUUUGGGAUACUUCCUAUCUGGAUGUCUGAUAAGAUUAUACAAACAUUUGGUUUGGGUGUCAAGAAUAUAAAACCUAGAGUUCUGUCAUAAAUGUUGUUGGUCUGUUUUUCGG